GAGAGCGCCCCCAGUGUGCUGGCUAAGAGGAGGUGAAGGCUAUUUGGAUAAUGAUGCUGCUGCACUAGCAUUAGUCACACACAUACACACAUGCGAUUAACACUAAGAAGAUAUGCUUUUGUCUUCCGGUUAGGCAGCAACUUUAUCGGCGAACUGUCAACAGGAACCUCUUACUAUCUCAAACCCAAAACACAACCUGUUUCUUUUCUACAUUUUACCCGGAAGCUCGCCAUGCAGUCGGUUGGGAAUGUGAGCGGAGACUCGGACUUGGAAAGAGUCCACACACCAGAACCGAAGCUUUUCACCGACAUGCCUCCGACGAGCACCGGUGUUGAGAAAAUGCCAACGGGCUACGAAUUGCGCCUUCUCGUCCACGAAAGAACCUCAAGAAGCCCUAGUCCUUUGUUGGGGUCCAACUGUGAUGACGACUCAGAGGCAGAGUCAUUCAAGGGCGGCAGGACUGAGGAAGUGGACCGGGACACGAAGGAGAGGGCGUUUUCUUGGUGUCGAGAUUUCCUAGCUGGAGCUUGGAAGACGAUCCAACUAGUUGAUUUUCAAAUUAGCAUCGUCAGCGGUGGAUUGAGUAAUCUGCUGUACCUGUGCAGCUUGCCUGAAAAUGUGAAUACUGUAGGGGAGGAGCCUCGCCAAGUGCUCCUCAGAGUCUAUGGUGCCAUCCUACAGGUGGAUAUGGACCAACAGAAUCCAGAUAUAAAGCAGAUUAUGGAGUUAAUUGUUUUUUGUUUUUUUUUUUUGCUACAGGGAGUGGACUCUUUGGUGUUGGAGAGCGUCAUGUUCGCCAUACUGGCAGAACGUACUUUAGGCCCCAAACUGUACGGCAUCUUUCCACAAGGACGCCUGGAGCAGUAUUUUCCAAAUACCCGCAUGCGCACAGACCAACUGUCAGACCCCAAUAUCUCCACUGAGAUUGCCACAAAGAUGGCGCGGUUUCACGAAAUGGUUAUGCCAUUUAACAAAGAGCCCACUUGGCUGUUUGGGACCAUUAAUAAAUACAUGGAUCAAGUGUUGACGUUGAGCUUUACACGCGACGCCCAUGUGAAGAAGUACAAAAAGCUGAUGAAGCUCAACCUACCAGCUGAGCUCAAGAACCUUCGUGAAUUACUGGCAGCGACUCCAUCACCUGUGGUAUUCUGCCACAAUGAUGUCCAAGAAGGUAACAUUCUGAUCCUGCACAAAGGGGAUCAAACGUCAACAGACAGAUUGAUGCUGAUCGACUUUGAAUACAGCAGCUACAACUACAGGGGCUUUGAUUUUGGGAACCAUUUCUGCGAGUGGAUGUAUGACUACACCUACAACAAGUGGCCUUUCUACAAAGCCACACCAGAUGAUUACCCCAGCAGAGAGCAACAGCUUAUUUUCAUCAGAAGUUACUUGAAUGAGCUGAGAGGAGAAGGCAGUGGCGACAAUGUAGACCAAAGGCAGAUAGAGGAGGACAUGAUUAUUGAAGCCAAUAGGUACGCAUUAGCAUCACACUUCCUGUGGGGCCUGUGGUCUAUCAUCCAAGCAAAGCUCUCUAAGAUUGAGUUUGGCUACAUGGACUAUGCCCAGUCCCGUUUUGAUGCCUACUUCAAGCAGAAGAAGCUCUACUCCUAAAAAAAAAACAAAAGAAAAACUUGCACUCAUCUGAAUAUCUCCAACCUGGCCGCUAAAAACUUCCCAUAUUUGCAUUCAGGUGAUCCAUUGCUAAGUUAAAACAAUCCACCGGUAGGGCUGAAAAUGGUAUCCACAAUUUCUUUUUUUUUAUGCACUUCACUUCUGUGGACCACUUUUUGAUAUUAGCAAUUGUCUCUUUUGUCAGCAUGUAAAGGUUUGUUUAGAAUUUCAGCAACUAAAAUGGUACUCUUGAGUUCAUUGUGGAAGGUAUUUUAGUUUUUACAUUCGAUUCUACCUCACUUGCUUUAACGGCUAUUCCGCCCAAAAUUCACUAGAGGUACCUUCACCUUCUAGAUGAAGGAACACAUGGAAGAACUCACAAGUGUAGUAAAAUAAACAUUUCAGAAUUUGGAAGAUAGGCUAUUCUGAAUGAAGGAGUAUUUGGGCCACACACUGGGGGGAUAUUAUUGAAGUUUUGCAAGAAAAAAAAAUCUACGUAUAUAUAUGUAUAAUAAGUAAUAUGUAAUAAUUAUUUUCUAAACAUAUAUAGUUAAGUUGGAAUUUUACAUGGAAAUAUUACAUAAUACAUGAAGAAGUUGUUUUUUUGAGAUAAAGUAUUUUGCAAUUUGCUGAGAAAAAAGCAAAACUAAUAAAAUAAUAAUUCUAUAAUUUAUUAAUGAUUCUAUCAGACUUACUAUUGUGCCGGAGAGAGAAAUGUCUGCUCAGAUAUUCUAAGCAUAAUCAUACACCGAUGUUAAAUGUUUUUGCAUAUUUAUUCUGACUAUCUACCUACCAUAAAUUCAUAUAUGGCAGGCGCAAAAUAUAAACCUGUGCUCGUCUGGGACUGUUUUAAUUUUAGUUGCUGAAAUUGCAACUUUAUUCUCACAAUAACUUUUUAAAAUUAUACAGUACAUAUUUACAGCAUUUUCUCUCAAUAUUACAGCUUUAUUGUCAUAAUAGUAGAUAUUUUUUUCUUGUAAUUUUACAUAUAUUGAUCCCUUGUGUGGCCCUUGUGUAGCUGUAAAGAAUACUGCACAAUUUUGUACAGAUUAUUUAAGAUGACUGUAUUGAAAGAAAUGUAACUGUCCAAAUUUGAAUAAGAAGACAAAAAACGUACGCUGCUUCGUGAGCCUUGUGUUGCAACUGUGUGGUAUUGACAUAUUUGCUUUAAAAUAUUUCAACUGAUUCUGAGGUUUAGGAUCGUAUGUUUUCUUUCCUUUUUUUUGUUGUUGUUGCAUCUGAUCAGCUUUACGUAUGAUUUGUUGUAUUUUUUUCAACAGAAGCACUAGCUUCUUCACAAAGAAGAAACAAAAAAUUUAAAUUAUAUCUGGGUUUCAAACAUAAAAGGUGUUUUGACUGUGUCAUCUGUCAUCUAAUUUUAUGCUAAUAAACUACGUCUAUAUUGCA